AUUGCUCGAUUCGACUUCUCUUCCUCACUUGUUUGGUUCCCGAGAAAAAUUUGUGUCCGAUCAAGUGUUUCGGAUCCCUUGCUUACUUCAUCAAUGGAUCUCACACUGAUCAGGCUCUGUGGUAUUUAAGUUUUUUAAGCUAGUGGGGGAUAUAGGAAGUGAUAGCGACUUGUAUAGCCAACUUUACUGUUUCUUCUGUUUGUUCAGUUCAUCGAUAUUCCAUUGAAUUCCCUACCGAAAGGUAGCGACUUUGAUGCAGACAGCAGUCUCCGUAAUCGUUUUUUUUAUGAUAUGAAAGCUAUGGUCAAUUGGGAUUUCUCAGUGGCUGAUUUGGCUCUGCGCUAUCCAUCUUCAUGAUAUAGUUCUUUGGAAUUGAAUUGAGCUUGUUCUUCAAACAGGAGAUGGAGCUCUCCCUCGUCGGCCUUCAGAAUGGCGGCAAGACUUCUCUUGUUAAUGCAAUUGCUGCUGGAAGUUAUAGCGAGGACAUGAUUCCUACAGUAGGAUUUAACAUGAGGAAAGUUACAAAGGGGAACGUCACGAUAAAGCUUUGGGACGUUGGAGGGCAACGCAGGUUCCGUACCACGUGGGAGCGCUAUUGCCGGGGUGUUUCUGCUAUUGUAUAUGUUGUUGAUGCUGCAGACAGAGACAGUGUUCCGAUAUCGCGGAAUGAGUUGCAUGAUCUGUUAGUAAAACCCUCUUUGAGCGGCAUUCCACUUCUUGUCCUCGGCAAUAAAAUCGACAAGUCAGAAGCUCUCUCUAAGCAAUCUUUGGUGGAUCAACUAGGCCUUGACACCAUCGGAGAUAGAGAAGUAUGCUGCUACAUGAUCUCGUGCAAGGACUCUGUAAACAUAGACGUUGUCAUCGACUGGCUCAUCAAUCACUCCACACCUGCAAAAUGAUCGAAAAGCUUCACUCUUUUGUUUCAGUCCAUUUGUUCUUAGGCUCUCGCUUUGCUUCUUGAUUCCUUGAUGUCGUUUUCUUGUCGGGAAUCAGCAGAAGUGGCAAGAUUAGGUUUCUGGGUCUUGCAGAAAGAUCCAUGGUUGAGUGUUAUAACUUAUAUUGCAGAGGUUCCACUA